AUGCCAGGGAACGAGCCAAAGUCGACCGACCAGGCUUGGGAAGCUGCCCUUGGAGUUCACACGGGAGGCUCCGUUGCUUUGGCAGUGGCCAAGCUUCAGGAUCCCGCGAUGAGGCGCCUCUACCAGGAGGUCGAUGAGCUGGAAGCCCGCUUGGGAUUGCACGGCGAGCGCCAGAUUCGAGAGUGUCGAAUGGCUGCACGAUGCGAAGCUGAUACCAUGAAAGCCCAAGCCUCUGCAGAGCUGACGGAGGCACACAACGAAGUCGAAGCUCUGCAAACACAGGUUCUCGAGCAUGAGCAGUCUCUCAAGAGGAACAGCCGCCGAUUUAUGGAGAUCCAGCGUCAGCUCAAAAAAAUCAGGAUGCCAGCCAAGCAAGAACACAAGCGGCUUGCCGACCGGGAGCAUGAAGAGAUGGAAGAGACCGUUGCCGCAACGAUCGAGUUGGAGGUCUGCCUGCAGGAGCAGCAUGAGGAGCAGCGCAGAAUCUUGCAGCGAGAGCUCGAGCAGCGUGACGUGGUUCAUGCAGAGCUGCGGAGAAGCUUGCUUGAGGCCGAGGAGAGAGAGCGCAAGGUUUCUCAAGAAGCCCAGGACAGGUCUUCCCUGGAAACCUCGACCUCGGAGCUCCAAGAUCAGCUAGAGUUUUGCCGUGCAUGGACCGAAGAUCUCGAGGCAGCCAUGUCUUCCAUGCAGUCGAUCGUGAGCACAAACAUGGAACAGCUUCACGAGCUCAGCCAGCAGAACAUGCGCUUGAUUCAGGACACCUCUGUGGUCCACGAGCCAAUCUGCCAAGCGCACGUCUUGAAGGAUAGGCGAGAGCACUCCUCAGCGGAGCUGCACGAGCUCCUUCAGGAUGGAAAUGGGUGUGCAUUGGAUGAGCAGCUUCAAGAAUCCGAGCAGCAGCGAUUGAAGCUGGAGGACACCAUUGCUGCACUUAGACAUGACGCACGGCAGCUCCAAAGUGCGAUGACUAUGCAAAGGUCAAUGCAGGAGCUGCAAGACGAGUUUUCCACAGCUGUGCAACACCACGAAUCCAUCACACGCAGGCGAAAUGAACUUACAUUGGAGAUUCAACGAUGGGGCCCGCUGCGAGCAAAAGCAGAGUCACAGGACCAUUCUUUUGGAGGUUUGCUUCGUCCGUCACCGUGCAUUGAAAGGGCGGAGCAGCAAGUUCAAGGUCUUGAGCAAGAAGUGCAACUUGCGGAGAAGGCACUCCUUGAUGACCUUUCCGCCAAGCUUGCUGCCCGAGAAAGACGCGUGCAGUUUCUGGCACACAGGUGGCUUCAGCGGCGCUCGCCGGAAGACGCCUUCCGAGAGCCAAAAAGAGAAGCUCCGCGUGAUGACAUCAGCUGA